UCCCUCUCUCUCUUCCGCCAUAUUGGUGAACAGGCAUCAUGGUGCAGAUGAACGUUCUCGCCAGUGCCCUCCGGAGCAUCAAUAACGCAGAGAAACGUGGAAAACGCCAGGUUCUCAUUCGGCCGUGCUCCAAAGUGAUCGUGAGGUUCCUGACUGUGAUGAUGAAGCACGGUUACAUUGGUGAGUUUGAGAUUAUUGAUGAUCACAGAAGUGGAAAGAUUGUCGUUAAUCUCACUGGCAGACUGAACAAGUGUGGUGUCAUUAGCCCCAGAUUCAAUGUUCCACUCACUGGUCUAGAAAAGUGGCAAACUAAUCUCCUGCCUUCCCGUCAGUUUGGGUUCAUCGUUAUUACCACUUCAGCUGGCAUCAUGGACCACGAAGAAGCCAAGCGAAAACACACAGGGGGGAAAAUGCUUGGAUUCUUUUUCUAAAUGUAUGAAAAACGGCUGUAAUAAAAGAUUUCAAACUA